UUCAAGACCCCAACAUGGGAAACAGCUACAAUAAACUGGAGGCCAUACUGACUCUUGCCAUACUGCCCUGGGUAACUCUGAUCCAGGGUUCCUGCAGCAGCUGUCCAGCUGGUACUUACUGGAAUGGCACAGAAUGUGGAAAAAACAAAAAUCAGGCAUGUAUCCCGUGCCCCCCAAAUAGUUUCUCUAGUACAGCCGGCGAUCAGAGGACAUGUGACAUAUGCAGGAGGUGCCAAGGUAUUUUCAGAACUAAGAGGGAAUGUACGCCAACGAGUAACGCAGAGUGUGAAUGUAUCUCCGGCCUUCAUUGUUCUGGAGUAGGAUGUGAGAGCUGCCAACCAGAUUGCAAACAAGGUCAAGAAUCUACAAGAAAAGGUUGUAGAGACUGUAGCUUUGGUACCUUUAAUGAUCAGAAACAAGGGAGCUGCAGACGCUGGACAAAGUAAGCAGAACAUUCUUUCCCUUUAAAUUAUUAAACCAUGAGUCUAGGUUAAAUUUAUAUUUUAAGAUAAAGAAUGCUAAAAUUUUACAUAUCAACUGAGUUCAUCAGGUAAAGUAAAAAACUGGAAAAAAAUAUCAU